CGCCCACUAAUUAUUUCUUUUUACGGAAGUGAUCAUCAUGACGACAAAGGACUGAUGUAGACUGUGGAAGCCUUGUUUUCUUUAUUCAGAUUGAUUUAAAGAUAGGCCAUGUAAUGAGUGAUCAAUGUUAUACCAUUAUAAUAACAGCACAUUGAUUCCUGAUGAAAGUCUGAUGUAAUGUGGAGGUUAGACAGAAAAUUAUUGCCUAAAACCUGGUAGUUAUUCAGUUUGGAAAAUGAUUUGUUGACUUCCUGUUUCAAGAAGAGAGAACUAUAAGGAAUGGUCAGUGAGUCUCAGAGAUGGACAAGAUUGGCAAUGAAUUUCUUCAUAGUAUUUGUAAGUCUGUGUCAUGUGACAUCAUCGUUAGACUUUCAAUACCACAACUACCAGGAUCUGACCAACUACCUGAAAAAUAUGUCCAACACAUAUCCUGAUCUUACACAUUUGUACAGUAUUGGGAAAACUGUUCAAAAAAGAGACUUACAUGUCCUGGCCAUUGGUAAGCUGCCACAGAACCAUUUGACCCUUCGACCUCAUGUGAAGUAUGUAGGAAAUAUGCAUGGAAAUGAGGCUGUAGGUAGAGAGAUGCUUCUCCAUCUUAUAGAUUAUUAUCUGACUAACUACAAUGUUAAUUCCACAAUAAAGACAUUCCUUGAUAACACAGUGGUACAUAUCCUGCCCUCCAUGAAUCCUGAUGGAUUUGAAGUGUCCUCAGAAGGUGACUGCAUUGGAGUACAAGGCAGACCAAACACUAAUAACUAUGACUUGAACAGAAAUUUCCCAGGAUAUUUUGAGGUUAAUCCACGCCCUAUACAACCAGAAACACAGGCAGUGAUGGACUGGCUAAAACAACACAGAUUUAUUCUGUCAGCUAACCUACAUGGGGGAGCAAUGGUGGCUAACUAUCCUUUUGAUAAUUAUGUUAAUGGUUCCAUUAUUCAGGCAACAAGAUAUGUAAGGUCCCCUGACGAUGAUACAUUCAUAUAUCUAUCUAAGGUUUAUUCCUAUUCACAUGCCAACAUGUACACAGGAAAACAUUGUGAAGAUGUUUUCCCUGACGGUAUUACCAACGGAGCACUCUGGUACCCUGUUCUAGGUGGAAUGCAGGAUUAUAAUUACGUAAGAGAAGGAUGUUUUGAAAUCACGCUAGAAAUUGGCUGUUGUAAAUAUCCACAAACUUCACUACUUCCAACAUUCUGGACGUACAACAAAGAUGCUUUAAUCAACUUCCUGAUGGCAGUACACAGUGGAGUGAAGGGAUUGGUUCGAACACCCAACAAUACAGAAGUAGCAGGUUAUGACAUGGCUGUUAAAGGGAGACAAAUCAUGUUUAAAAGUUCACAGUAUGGAGAAUAUUGGAGACUUCUGCGUCCAGGAACACACACCAUCCAGGUUCUCUCUGAUGGAAAAGUUAUAGCAGAGAAACAAGUACAGGUACCAGCUAGUGGUGUUGUAAGGGAAGAUAUCUACAUAGGUGAUGAUACCAGUAGUGCCAGUGUUAUACAGAGUUGUCUCCCUGUUGUCAUAUCACUUGUUUCUAUAUACUUACAUUGUUUAGAUAUCUUAUGGUAAAACAUUAUUAUAAAAAUGCUUUAAAUGAUAAUCAAAAGAAAAAUCAUCACCAUUUAUAUAUUUUUAUUUGAUUGGUCAAUAUUCCAUGAUUUUUUAUUACAAUCAUAAUUUAUGUCAGAGUUCUGUGGAUACAUUAUUACUCUUGGUGAGAUAUUUAAUAAGGGUGAACUAGCUAUUAAAAUGUUCAACUAAAUAAUACACAUUUUAUAUGAGUUUGUAUGCAUACAUUGGCUAAUCCAAGGAAUCAAAUAUUCAUGUAUAUCUCACUCCACAAAUUGAUAACCUUGAAAGAACAGAAAAUAUUCUUAUCAGUGGCCGAUCCAGGGGGAGGGUUACAGGGUUUUGAACCCCCCUUGUUUUGGACAAUCAAUGCAUUUAAAUGUGGAUAUAUAGCUGGAACCCCACCCCCUUAGUCCUGUGUUGGGAACCCCCUUUUUAAAAUGUCUGGAUCCACCCCUGAUUAUAUUCUUAUUAUUUUCACUUCACUACUCAUCUUUAUGAAUAUAGUGCCUUCAUAAAAAUCCCAUCAUACCAUUUAGGAAAGAACUUUCUCAGGAUGUAUAGGAAAUAUUCAGAACGAAAUCCAAAAUUGUUAAAAAUUCUUCAAAAAAAAUGUUAUGACUGUGAUUAUAAAUCUCUUUUGAAAUAAGGUUUAAAGUAAAGUAAAGUUUGAUUAUAACAUGAAUGGUACCAAUUUUACUGCACCAGAGGCACAUUUGGACAUUUUCUUAUUGCCAAAAUAUUUGAAAGUCCAAAGCUAAUUUAAAGGAUGAAGAGCUCUAAACCAAAAGUAGACAGAGCCAGCAAGAAAUCAGAUAUUUGCAUUAGGGACAUACAUUCCUGAAUUCAAAAUGAUUUCCAAAAUUUUGAAACAGCAAAUUUUGAUAAGACAAAAACCUAUUUGCCUUAUGUUUAAGCUGUAAUUUAACACAGAAUAGAGGAAUGAAGCUAUUUAUAAGGUUUCAAUCAGUUAACUUGUCUUUGAUCAAUCAUUUUACAUAGUCCAAGUACAUACAUAACACUAGAAGCAUUAAGAACAAUUCAUUUUAGCUAUUUUCUAGUCAUUUAUUUUUAUAUAAAAUGGGAUAAUAAAUUGGUUUCUAUCCCUUUUAGUAACCUAUCUUAAAUGCAUGAAAAAUAUUACCAUAGUUACACAUCUCAAUGCGUCCUUUCCCUUUCUAUUAAUAUAUAUGAUCAUCACGAAAACUCUUUGAUAAGACCUAUAUUAUGUUAUGUUUUUAAAUAACAGUUCUUUUUAUUCUUGUAUUAUUUUAACAAUAUUUGAUUUAAUUUAAACAUAUUUCAUUCAUUAAGAUAUGAAAAUGAUUAAGGAACAGACACAGCCUGUGAAAGCUCUCUCCAUAUUACAUGUUCAAGGUAUAAUUCAAUUGUAACAACUGUAUUUAAAAUAAUGCAAUAUAGUGGAACAUGCAUGCUACUUAUGAGCACACACGAGCAGAACAGUAUUUUAAGCAUUUUU